AAAGCGAACGUAUAUGAAUAAACGUUAGGUAUAUUAGUGACGCGCCCAUCUCUAGUGGGGUCAUGCAAAAGUUGCGGGGCCCCCCGGCCCCUCCCACUCCCCACCUAGUCGUAUAAAGUGAAGCGGCCACACGCGCGCCGCGUCUAUCGUUACUGCGCCACAGUGUAACUCAGUGCUCCGUGAAAUUAAAAACACGCGAUAAAUUGUGAAAGUGUCUACAGCGAUUUCUCGAAGUGAGAGUACUCUGCCGUUAAUACCACCAUAGUAGUUGAGUGGGGGACGAUUGUUUUACGAAUCUUAGAGAGAGAGGGUUCAAUGGAAGCGAGGUUCGUGACCUGCCGGAGUUUCCAGCAGAUCAAGCCGCCGGAGAAGAGCCUCGCGCCGCAGCCGACGGUGAAGGGGCUCCUGUCUCGUUUCGGGAGCCAAGCACAGGCUUUGUUCGCGCCGAAGAAGCCGCGUUUCGGCUCAUCAGUGGCUAUACAUAAGCUCCGCGAGACCAAGUGGUUUAAACAUGAGGAACAGAACAUAUUGUGUGCGGUUCUCGAGUCCGGUUUCGUACUGGAGGUCCGAGCGGAAGAUCCGUUGCCACCGGACUCUACGUUGUCAGCAGACUACCAUAUGUACGCAAUCGCCAUGUGGAAGAAGGGUAAAGAAAAAACAAAGAACCCGGAACAGAUAGAAAUCUACACGGUCCAACAGAAAGGAGUGCGCAAACGUGUCAUCAAGACAACGUUGAGUGCCUUCUGGAAGAAAGACUCCGUGAUCCGCAUCAAUAACAUUGAUGACAAACAGGAGACUCCGAACAGCGAGAAAGACAUCAGGGCUAAGCUUGAAAUGGCCACUAAAUCAAGGUUCGAGAGGAAUUGGCACAAUACGCUGCAUUUCGUCCACUGGUGUCGCUAUGGGGAGACUCCGCAAGAAGCUCGCAUGAGACAGAUAAGCGAGUCGCUCAAAUGGGGGAACAUCGGCAUGAACAUGGGUGUUAUGCUGGUCAGCCAGUCCCACGCGAGGGAGAAGGCGAAGUCGGUCUGAGUGUCGCUACCCAGCGGCUCGACCGCUGGAACCAGCUGCUACACCUGCUUUUGGCUGCCCAACGCUAACAUAGACCACGUCUAAAACAUCACGCGCCGUGGUCGACGCCGCGAAUUUUGAACGCGUUCCAAAAUUCGAAAGAAGUCAAAAUAGAAAGUUCCUUUUUUGAAUUUCAUUAACUUUUUUUUUUCAAUUAAAAAAGAGUUUCAGUAUUCUAUUAUUAACUUUUGCAAAGGAGUUCGUUUAUGGAAAGUAUGUGAUCAGAUUCUAGUUGGAUUGUAAUGAUAAAACAUUCCUGGAUUUAUAAAGACGCCCCUUCGCUCGUACGUUAUAUUUGUAAUGCUCUAAUCUAUGAUAUUACAGUGUAAUAGUAAUUUAUCGUAACUUAAGCGAUAAUUGUUAAGAAGAAAUUUGUUUAUGGUCUGAGAGUGAUACCCUAGUCUUACGUGUAUUACUUUAUAAAAAAAUAGAAUAAGACUGUUUUAUAAGGGAUUUUUGCAUUGAGAUGACAGUAAAAAUGUUGUAAUUUAAAAAAUAUAUAUUUAUAUAUGGGAACUGUUUUGAACGCAUAACUGACAAUUUUAUAUUACUUAUUUCAAUAAAGAUGACUGGUUCAACUAAUUGAAAAAGUUAAUUAGAUGUUAUUUAUUAAAGUAUUUUGACAAAUGUACAUGAACAUAAUGACGACCUAAUUUAUAAUGUUACAAGUGACAAUCUGAUGUUGAAUUUCGUGAGUGUAAGUUAAAUGUUCUAUUUAAUGAUGCAUUUUUUUUUAUAUAAAAUAAAUGAUUACUUGAUAAAUAUCAGAUUAA